CCUGAUUGCUCUUCGUCUCUGCAACUCCCUACUUGAUUCUGUGAUCAACAAACGUCAAAUACAUUUCUUCAAAAUUACGUUUCUUUAUAAUUUUCGUUACUCUCGACGUGUUUUUUCCAAUUCUGGGUUUACUAUCUCGAAUUGGGUUUGAUUUGAAAGUAGGAAAGAUCGAAACUUUGAAGUGAAUAUGGAGAUGGGUUUCCAGGAAAAUCAAGAAUUUGUUUCUCAGGUUGCGAAUCUGAUGGAGAUUGGAUCUGGGCAUUACGGGUGCUCACAUUACAGAAGACGAUGCAAGAUUAGAGCACCAUGUUGUGAUGAGGUUUUUGAUUGUAGACAUUGCCACAACGAAGCUAAGGAUUCUCUUCAAAUUGAACAGCUUCAUAGACAUGAACUUCCUCGACAUGAAGUUUCAAAGGUGGUAUGUUCACUUUGUGAGACAGAACAAGACGUCCAGCAAAAUUGCUCCAAUUGUGGUGUAUGUAUGGGGAAGUACUUCUGCUCAAAAUGCAAUUUCUUCGACGAUGAUCUUUCCAAGAAGCAAUAUCAUUGCGAUGAGUGUGGGAUUUGCCGGACUGGAGGAGAAGAAAACUUCUUCCAUUGCAAAAGAUGUCGAUGUUGCUACUCCAAGGUUAUGGAGGACAAGCACCGAUGUGUCGAAGGCGCAAUGCAUCACAAUUGCCCUGUUUGUUUUGAGUAUCUGUUUGAUUCCACAAGAGAUAUCACGGUCCUGUUAUGUGGUCACACUAUGCAUUUAGAGUGCACGAAAGAUAUGGGGCUACAUAAUCGAUUCACAUGCCCUGUAUGCGCCAAAUCCAUUUGUGACAUGUCCAAUUUGUGGAAAAAACUUGAUGAAGAGGUUGCUGCAUACCCAAUGCCAAAACUGUAUGAAAAUAAGAUGGUAUGGAUUCUUUGCAAUGACUGCAGCUCAAACACGAAUGUUCGGUUUCAUCUGAUCGCGCAUAAAUGCAGUAGCUGUGGUUCCUACAACACGAAACAGACGCAGAGAAGCUCUGAUCAUCAAUCUUGCUCCUCUGGAGUGUCUCAGGUUGUUGGUUCGACUGGUUAAGAGUUAAUUCUUUCACCAACUCUAGCUUUGGUGUCCAGAUAUCCCAAGAGAGACUAUUUGUACUUUCAUAACUAUAGUAUCAGUCGGUCAAUGCCUCUGGUUGUUUAUAUAUCAGCACAAAUUGAAAAGCUGCUUUGAGCCUAUCCAA